UCGAAAUCUUUGCCAGUUUUCCCCUCGACGACUUUUCCUAAUCAUAUGCAAACGUAGGAAUUAAUCAAUGAUUUACAAGAACAAUACGUGUGCACAUGUUGCAGAGUGGGCCGAAUGCCACGGGGCAGGGCGUUCCGGUGUCACUCCCAAUGGAAAACCAGAACCCAACCAGAACCGGCCAGAGCCAAACCCAAUCCCAGUCUGAAACCGAAUCUGAAUCGCAACUACACCCGCUUGUUAGAGCCAGGCCACCCACUGCCCAAGGGCCUUGGGUUUUUCGGCAGAGACAGGUCAACGGGAGGGCAGAAAUCUGGGAUCUGGAAUCUGGGAUCCGGGACUCUGGAUUCGGGGUCCGCAAUAAUUUCAGAGAACCAGAGGAACCAGGGAUGCGGACAUCCAGACCUGCAGACAACCCAAUAGCCACGAACUCAGCCCGGCCUGCUAAU